AUGAAGAUUAACGAAACUUCCCGUAUUAUAUAUCAACAAGCUGCAUUAAGAUCAUUUCUUCGUAGUGAUCAUAUUGCACAAAGUUUUAUAGAACAAUCACCAAAUUAUAAUAUUAGAAGUCUAGAACAACUAUAUGCAGUUUCCACUUCGAUAAAGUCAAAAAAAAUGAUUAUUGAAUUCGUAAAGGUAGCUACAAAACAAUUUUUCAUAGCAAUCCGCUACAGAGUACCCGGAUUUGAAUAUUUAAAUCCUGAAAAUAUAAAUACUAACGUUACAGAUGACGAAUUGAUGCUUCUAAUAAAUGAUGCCACCACUGUUAACGAGACUUCUCAUCUCCAUAAUCAUAGUAUAGUUUUCCUCGUGGCAAAAAAUAUAAUUUUCAAUUUGAUUGGAGUCAAUGCAUCAGCAACCUUAAGCUCAUUGUUACAAAAUAAUCAAACUAAUUCAGUGAACAAUAUUUCAUUUCGAACAGAACCUCCGUUACAGAAUCAGUUUUCAACAACAUUAGACUCUUCUAAUCUAGUAUCAGCUUCAACUUCCGUGCCCGUUAGUUAUUCUACUUCAACAACAAUUUCACAAUCUUUAUCGAAAAAUAUUAUAAAUGGAACAAUUGCUCAACAGCAUUCAUCUCCGACUAAUACACUUCCACUGACUUCAUCAUUCUUGUCAACAGAAGUCAAUGAUACAAAAAAUGGCGUAACAGAUGUUCUACCAUCGGUAGAGUUACAGUCAUUGGUUGCAUGCAGUGAAUCCAAUGCAUCGCCAAUGCCAGUUAGUUCAUCUUCUGUUCACAUUGACAACUCAAAACCGGAUAAUGACAUUUUCAAGCAUUCGGAGCAAAAUGAAACACUAUCCAAUUCUUCCUUAUCAUCAAUUGAUCUUACAAUUCAUGCAAAUACUAAAAUGUAUAACGAACAAGAAUCACUACAAUUAAUUGAUGAUGACAAAAAUAGUUUGUCAGAAGAUACAAAAUAUCUAAGUUAUGACUACGAGAAUAACAACGUUGAUAAUAUUUCAAAUUUCGAUUAUGACGGAGAUCAAAAGAGUAAUUACGAAAAUCCUAAACACGAACGUUCAGAUCCAAUCAUAAAUUUUGAUGAUAAAGAUGAAGAGCUUGGUAAUUCUAAUAAGAUUCUAGAUGAAUAUAGAGAUUUAACAGAAUAA